CAUAAUAUUUCUCUAUGUCUGCCUAUAUCUGUUUCUCUUUUUUAGUUUAAUGCUGAAAGACUGAAGUUUUUGCACCCAGAACCCAGGGUUUUAUGAGGUGGAAGGGACUCACAUUGAUAUCAUAUACAGCUAGAUCCCAUUUUACUUUUGAUAAUUAAAAAAAAUCAUUUAUGUUAUAGUUUUCUCAGAGAGGACAUUCUAUAUUAUACUGCUUAUUCAUCACAAUCUCCACACUUGGGAUGUUCUUGUCUUCUCUAAUCUGGAUCUCUCUUGCUGCAGCAGUUUAUCUACUUCUUUCUCUUCUUUGGGAUUAUUAACAAUUUUCCUUUGGUCCUGUGCCCAGAUGCAGAUUUAGGGACAUGGAUGAUGAUAAUGGGACAGCAGUGACUGAGUUCAUUUUGUUGGGAUUCUCAAAUUUGGGGGUUUACCAGAGCGCUCUUUUUUGGGGAGUGCUCUUUGUCUACUUGGUCACCUUGCUGGGUAACUCCUUGAUCAUCACCCUUACCCUGCUGGAUCCAGUCCUGAACACUCCCAUGUACUUCUUCCUUCGACAUCUCUCUCUGAUAGAGAUUCUCUACACUAUGACUGUUGUACCCAGGAUGCUAACUGAUCUGCUUUUCUCCCAUCCUGCCAUCUCUCCUGCCAGCUGCUUCACCCAAAUGUAUUUCUUUGCCCUCUUUGGCAUUGCCGAAUGCUGUGUGCUCACUGCCAUGGCCUAUGACCGUUAUGCUGCCAUUUGUCAGCCCCUGCACUAUGCCAUGCUGAUGAACCGGCAGGCAUGUGUGGGUAUGGUGGGUGCUUCUUAUCUAAUGGGCAUCACCACAGGCACUACCCACUCCAUAUUCAUCUUUACCUUGCCCUUCCAUGGUACCAACAUUGUUCACCAUUUCCUAUGUGACAUUUUGCCUGUUUUGAGACUGGCAAGUGGAGACACAUUCUGGGGUGAGGUUGGGAACCUUGCUGUCACCCUGCUCUUUAUCAUUACUCCCUUUGCACUGAUUUUGUUUUCCUAUGUUCGCAUCCUCAUUACCAUCCUUGGGGUUGCCUCUGCUCAGGGACGCCAAAAAGUCUUCUCUACUUGCUCUUCCCACCUAUUGGUUGUCACACUUUUCUUUGGGACUGGGACUCUAGCCUACAUGAAACCCGGAACCAAUGAUACUGAGGACACAGAUCAGGUUAUCUCCCUUUUUUACACAGUUGUAACUCCUAUGCUCAACCCUUUUAUCUAUACACUGAGGAACAAGGAGGUGAUGGGAGCCCUGAGGCGUAAAUUAACAAAAUAUUUUUGAAGUACUUGCAUGGUCCAGAUUUGCUUGGCUUCUUUUUUGGUGAGUUGAGAGUUGUUCCCUGAUUUUUAUUUUUUUCUUUUAAUUUUAUAUUUUUCAACUAUCAAAGAUUUGUUCUUCCACCACCCUGCCUUGCACUAAAGGAAAAAAGAAAAGCAAAAUCCUUGCUAUAAUACAUAUAAUUAAGAAAAAUAUUACUUUAUCAAUUUUGCCCAGAAAUGUCUCAUUCUGCAUAUUUAGUAUUCUUCACUAUCAUGACCUGAUCUUUGUAAAAGGAGGAAGCCCCUAGACCUUUUGCUCAGUAGGGGAAUUCCUGGAGAUUUUUAGUUAGGAUGCACUUGGUCUUUCAGAAAGACAUCUUAUCUUUUCUGAAGGUCCCAGGAAUUUAAGAUAUUUUCAUCUGAGAUCCUCACCUGGUAUCUGUUUUCAGGUUUGUGUGUCAAGUGGAGACUGGGUGACCACAUUUGGAGGGAUGUUCAGGUAUGGAUUAGACUGCAUGCAUUAGGAAAUUAGUGUUUGAAGGAAAUAAAUACUGGGAAAUCUCUAAAUAUAAAGUAGUUGGGAUGGAGGAGGCUGUAAGCUGGACCUCCUUAAGUUUACUUUUAACAUUGAGAUUUUAUAUUAUUUGGGGGUUUAUUAUAUAUAUUAUAUUAAUCAUAUAAGUGUGUGCUGAGUCUAAUACUGCAAUUUGAGAGAGAUUCACAUGGAUUAAAGGACAUAGAUGUGAAUGAUUUAGUGUGAUUAUGAUAUACCAGGUUUGACACAUCUCAGGAUUUGGGAACCCUUCCUGCACUAGAACCUUGAAGUGGACCCUUCCCCUUCCUCUGUAAUAAGUCAUUCCACUGGCUAUGUUCAGUACCAGUAACUACUUUAGUGGUAAGAAUUAUCAGAGAAUGUCUAUAAAAGUUUGAAGUUACCAAGGGCACGGAGUAUUCAGAUCAGUUUAAUAAGUAUUAAGUGCUUACUAUGUGCAAGGUUACACACAAGACAUUUUAUAAGACACAAAUGUCACAGGUCCUCCUUUAAGAAAGUUAGAUUUUACUGGAGGAAUGAUCUAAAUUAGAUGUCUAGUUUAGAUCACCCUUGCUUUUAGCUGUUUCUGUCUCCAGCAUCUGUUCAUUACCUAUCCCCAUCUUAAACUAAGCUUUUCCUGAGAUCCUUUUGGAGUCAUUAACUUCAGGUUCUGAGUUCUACUCUGAUCUUGGAUGGAUGAACAACCUGUCUAAAGACAGGUAAAGAUCCCUUGUUUUGGGAAUCAGCAUAUCUGACCUAGCCUCUAUAUCUAACUCACUUUGCCCUAUCCAAACAUGCCAUCUUAUAGAGAUCCUGGUAGUGAUUUAAUGACCCUUCAGAUCAUUUGUCAGGCUCACAGACAUCUUUUCUUUUUGGAGAAAUUGGGGUUAAGUGACUUGCUCAGGGUCAU